AUGGUAAAAAAAGAAUUGAUCUUCAUCCCAUGGCCUUUGAUGGGUCAUUGGGGACAGCAAGUUGAGCUUGCAAAGCUAAUCAUCAGUCGGGAUGCCAAUUUUUCCGUCAAAAUCCUGAUUUCCAGACUCCCUGAAUCCAUUGAUCCGGUUACCAAUACCUUGAUUGAUAAUCUCAUUAAUUAUUCCUCCUCCACCGCACCGGCCAUUGAAUUCAUAACCCUCCCUUCAGUUGAUCCCACCCCAGAAUGGACUUCCUUAAGCAGAGGUUAUUUUAUCCAGAAACAACUCGAUGCCCAGAAACCCCAUGUGAAGGAAUUCAUUCAGCAACGCCAAAUUGACGAAACAGGGGAAUCGAAAAGACUCGCCGGGAUAUUGGUGGAUAUGUUUUCCACUUCCAUGAUUGAUGUUGCAGAUGAGUUGGGUAUUCCCAGUUAUGUUUUCUUUACUUCAGGGAUGGCGUUUUUAGGCCUAAUGCUCCAUUUCCAGGAGCUUCAAGAUGAGAACGAUGUCGAUGUUUCCUCGGAGUUCACGAACUCGGAGAUUGAUCUGAAGUUUCCGAGUUUUGAAAACCCUGUACCAUCCUCUGUUUUGCCGAUGGUUUUGACAGAUAAACAGAUCUGGUUGAAGAGAUUCCUUCCAUGUGCUCGCGGGUACAGAAGGGCUAAAGGGAUCUUGGUUAACACAUUUUCAGAUCUGGAAUCAUACGCUCUGGAUUCUCUAGAUCAACAGGGGAAAAGACUUCCACGAAUUUACCCAGUUGGACCAGUUCUGAACAGAGUACAAAAUGCCAACCCUGAAAUUAAAUCGAGCAUUAUCAAAUGGCUGGACGAUCAGCCUCCAAAUUCAGUAAUCUAUAUUUCAUUUGGCAGCUUGGGAAGCUUGGAAAUGGACCAAGUGAGAGAACUAGCCACUGGGCUUGAAAGGAGUGGCUAUAGAUUCUUAUGGGUCCUCCGCCGGCCGCCUCCGAAGAACACCAUUGUGGAUUUCCCUAGUGGAUAUGAACAAUUUUGGGAUAUCUUGCCGGAUGGAUUUUUGGAUCGGACGGAAAGAUAUGGAAAAGUUGUGGGUUGGGCACCCCAAUUUGAUGUGCUGUCGCAUGAAGCUGUGGGUGGAUUUAUAUCUCAUUGUGGCUGGAAUUCCACAUUAGAGAGCAUUUGGUGUGGAGUGCCAUUAGCUACUUGGCCUUUAGAAUCUGAGCAACAAUUGAAUGCAUUUCAACUGGUUGUUGAAUUAGGAUUAUCUGUUGAAAUUAAAAUGGAUUUUUCAUGCAGAAAUGAAAAUCAGCGUCUUAUUGCAGCAGAAGAAAUAGAAAAAUCUGUGCUGACGGUGAUGAAGAGUGAUGGUGAAGUAAGGAAAAAGGUUCGGGAAAUGAGAGAUAGGAGUAGGACAAGUGUGGAAAAAGGAGGAACUUCCUAUGAAGCUCUUGAAAGCUUGAUUGACAACUUGCUGCAUAACCAGCUGUUAAAAGCUUGA